AGGUUGAGGUGGAAAGAAUGAGGGCUCGGGCCCAUGACAAGGUUAUGAGCAAACUGGCUGUGGCAAAGCAUAAAGCAGAUGAAAAACGGGCUUCAGCAGAGGCAAGAAGGAAGCAGCAAGCUGCAAGAACAGCUCAACAGGCAGAGUAUAUCCGAAGAACUGGCCGCACGCCUUCCUCUUUCUCUUGUUGGGGUUGGUGCUUUUAAUUGUGCUCUCAUUCGGCAUCAACAGAUUCAUUUGGUAUGAAUUUGGUGAGACAUGAUUAGGCAUUUGUUCAUAGAAGUGUUUUAUCCCUAUUUCUUUUCCUUUUCUUUUUUUUUUUUUGUUGAGGUGAAUUGUAUCCGUUCAUAUUCAUGUAAAUGUGUCUAGAUGAUCAUGCAAGCCUUUUUUAUUUUUUAAGUUUUUCAUUCUUA